UUUCAGUUGAGUAAUCGAAACCUGCCUAAUCCGAAACAACUCGCCGCUAUGAAGGCGGAGAAAGCAGCGGGGAAAUGGAGGUGAUCGUCUCCCCCCUUUGGGACGUGCUGAUACCCAAUAAGACUUCCACCUUCCAGACUUUGGCAGGUCAAAACCUGUCGACCUCUACUCAUGGCAGAGACAAUGAAUGAAGACUUUGUCAUCUGGAAUCUCUCUCCUCAGUGGAACAAGGUGGAGGCCCCUGGAUAGCGGUGAAGAAUGACUCGGGCGCUUUAUAAGUAUUGAGAUUUGUCUGGUCUGAGUGUUGAUCAAAUUUCAUAGCAGAUACAAAAAGUCGCAGCGGUCACCAUCAGGCACGGUUUCCCGAUACCAAACGGAGAGCAAACCGGCACAAGGCACUUUCGAGCAUGGCUUUCCAUCAGGCUUCUUCCUGGCAUGAAGGCGAAGCUGCCAUUCACAAACGCACGCAUGUUGACUACAGGGAAGACAAUCCGACCAUACCGUCCUUGUAUCCUCGCGCAGCACAACAGGUCUCACGUUACCCGUUAAUGGCCUUCGGCGCCCUGGAUGAGAACGACAAGCCGUGGUGUACAACUUGGGGCUCAGGCAAACCACCAAUGGCACAACAGGUAGCACAAAGCGUUAUCGGUAUCAGGACCACUGUCGAUGCAUCGUUCGACCCCGUGGUCCAAGCGAUCUUCAAGGGGCAGAACGAUGGGGAAGUACUCCGCGAGGAAGGCGAAGGAAGAUUGAUGAGUGGGUUGAGCAUCAGUCUCGAAGAAAGAGGACGAGUCAAACUAGCUGGUCGGAUUAUAGCGGGCGCCCUCAAUGCAACGAUGGCGACUGAAGAGGGGGCACAAGCGGCCGACAAGAGUGGAACUGGACAAGCAGGGGAGAUGCAGCUUGUCGCAAAGAUUGACCAGGUAUUGCCCAACUGCCCGAAAUACCUUAACAAAAAGAAGAUCGUCUCUUCAACUCCAAGUCCGAGGCUGCUUUCGACUUCUACGCGACUUGUUGAAAGAGCCGUGAAUAUCAUUCGCAAGGCCGACCUGUUCUUCCUCAGCUCCGCCCACAAGCACAAAGACAUGGACUGUAACCAUCGCGGUGGUCCGCCAGGCUUCCUACGCGUCCAGCAACCAGAAGACCCCGUCAAAGGCAGCACAAUCGUCUGGCCCGAGUACAGCGGCAACAACCUCUACCAAACCCUCGGCAACCUUGAGACAACACCUCACGCAGGGCUUUGCGUUCCAGAUUUCGAAACCGGCGAUGUACUGUACGUGACAGGAGACACUGAAACUCUCGUCGGCGCUGAAGCCAGUCAUGUCAUCGCCAAAAGCAAUCUGGCCGUGCGCUUGAUGGUCACGGACGUAAGACUGGUUGAGAACGGGCUCCCCUUCCGCGGCAUACCAACGGACGAUGUCUCCCAAGGUCGCUCCCCUUACAACCCGCGAGUGCGGUACUUGACGAGUGAGCGGAGAGACGCCUUCGAUAAAGAUCCAGGCGACAAGCCUCCGACGACUGCACAACUAAUACGAAAAUCUCGACUGACCCCAACAAUAACGAGAUAUCGCUUCGCCCUGACCGAUCCUGCAGUUUUCGGACCCUGGAAACCAGGACAGUACGUGGCGAUGGACUUCACGGACGAACUAGACAUGGGAUACUCGCAUAUGCGCGACGACGAUCCAACGAGUCUGAACGACGAUUAUAUCCGGACAUUCACCGUCUCGUCGAUCCCAAACUCGCUCGGUGACCACGGCGAAGAGUUUGAAGUCACGGUGCGUAGGGUCGGCAAUGUCACGCGCUGGUUCGAAUAUCAACGUGAGGGCAUGUGCGAGGUUGGAAUCAGAGGGUUCGCCGGCGAAUUUUCUUUCGACCAGACCGCCAAUAAACGUGUCGGCUUCAUCGCCGCGGGGAUCGGUACCACGCCUCUGCUCGGGCAGAUGGAUAUAUUGGAUCUGACGCGACUCAAAGUCUGGUGGAGCGUGGGAGUCCGAGAUGUCGGUCUUCCUCUGGACAUUUUGACUCAGUACCCUGCUUUGAAGGACUCGUUGACGAUCUAUCUCAGUGGCAGUGAAAGUGUGCUCGAUGACAAUGAGAAGGAGCGCAUUAAACUGCAGAAGCUUGUUGGUACAGGUGUCAAGAUUGAGAGGCGGAGGCUCCAGCAGUCCGACUUGACUAGCGCAGAGGCCGGUGUGGAUAAUUGGUAUCUCUGCACGGCGCCGGCGAUGAGGAAGGAAGUUCAGAGUUGGCUGCCUGGGAAGUCGGUCGUUUUUGAAAAUUUCGAUUAUUGAUGACUGGUCCCCCUUCGAUGGCGACGUAUAGUGCUAGACUGAAUGAGUUAAGACGA